CUGGCUCCAGUCCCUGCUUUCGCACCGACGGGGCGAGGAGGCGCCUGCUUGCUGCGGUUGACUCAGCUCUGGGCCUCCAGCACCCUGCGAGGGUGGGGACCGGGGGGGCCACCCACCGCCACGAGGGUCCCCGUAGGACGCUGGGGGGGACACAAGCCACUGUGACCCCCACGUGCAGUCCUGGGCAGGGUGGGAGGGCUGGGUGCCCAGCACCCCUCUGCAACCGGGGAGCAGCGCCUGGGCCAGACCUGGGUGAGUGCUUUGGGUGCCGGUCUGUUCCGGGGUGGGGGGAACACCCCUGUGCACCGCCAAUAAACAGGAUAUGAGCGGGGAGGCAGCGGCAGCAUCGUCCCAGCCCCGGUGACAACGCAGAUCAGGAUGAUCCCCACCGCACAGCGGCCCCGCCAUCCCUCCGCAGAUGUUGGCGUCGCUGGUGCAUGCCCGGCACGCUGAGCCCCCCCACCCGCAGCCCCCCGCUUCUCAGCACCCAGCUCGGCCAGCCCCCCGGGGCGCCCCCGCCGUGUCCCCCCCCCCAGCCAUGGCGCUGGAGCUGGGGACUGAGGCGCUGCUGGACCUGAGCUUCCUGACGGAGGCCGAGCAGCUCGCCAUCACCGAGGUGCUGCGCCGCGACUGGCAGCUCCGCCGGCGCGAGGAGGGACGCAUCAGCAAGCUCCGCAAGUCGGUGUCGGACCCGGCGCGGCUGAGGAUCCUGACCGGGGACUGGUUCUGUGACGCCCGUGCCCAGCGUCACCGCCACCACCUGGGCUCCGACCUUGUCCGUGCGUCCAUCCGCCGCAGGAGGCGGCCCUGGGGAGCCGAGGACUUGGAGUGUGGGCCCAGCCUGGGCGAGCUGGAGGCCAUCAGAGAGCCGCUGGUGGAGGAGAAGGAGGAUGAGGAUGGUGCGGCAGAGCCGGAGGAGAGCCCGCCCACGGAGGAUGUGCAGGAAGAUGCAGAGCCCCAGCCCAGCCCCACGGCUCCAGCUCUGGAGGAGACCCCAGUGUCACAGUCCCUGGAGCCAGGUGACAUCCCAGCGAGGGAGCAGGACGGCCCAGCCCAGACAGGUGACACAGGUGACACAGGCGGUGGGAACCCCUUUGGCACAUCCAGCACGGAGGAAGAUGAGGAGGAACCUGACUCUGCACGCAGCGGCCCCGAGGCUGGACAGGGGCCGGAGAACCCCGAGAAAUCUCCAGCAUCCCCAGCCCGGGUGUCCCCACAGAACGGCCACAGGUCCCCGAGCAGCCUGCUGACCACCAGCUCCUCCGUGUCCAGCCUCAGCUCCUCCACGCUGAGCGGCAGCCUGAUGAGCCUGUACAGCGAGGGCGAGCUGGGCAGCGUGGCCGUGCGGGGCUGCGUCCAGUUCUCCCUGCGCUACGACCCGGCCAAGAAGGAGCUGCAGGUCCACGUGCUGCGGUGCCGCGAGCUGGCCGAGGCCAAGAAGCAGCGGUCGGACCCGUACAUCAAGACGUACCUGCUGCCCGAUAAGUCCAACCGCAGCAAGCGCAAGACCACGGUGAGGAAGAGGAGCUUGGAUCCCAUCUUCAAUGAGACCCUCAAGUAUAAACUGGAGAAGAGGGACCUGCAGGGCCGGACCCUGAACCUCUCGGUGUGGCACCACGACAGCCUGGGCAGGAACCUCUUCCUGGGGGAGGUGGAGAUCGCGCUGGGCACCUGGGACUGGGCCAACACAAGCCCCGAGUGGUUCAACCUCCAGCCCCGGAUGCCCAUCUCCUCAGACGGCCUCACCAGCCGGGGCAACCUCAACUUGGCAUUGAAGUUCAUCCCUGCCGGCUCGGAAGGCGGGGGACUGCCACCCACGGGCGAGCUGCACAUCUGGGUGAAGGAUGCUCAGAGCCUCAUCCCGCUGCAGAGCGGCACCGUGGAUGCCUUUGUGCAGUGCUACGUGCUGCCGGAUGACAGCAAGGCCAGCCGGCAGAAGACGCGGGUAGUGAAGCGGAGCCUCAACCCCCUCUUCAACCACACCAUGGUGUACGACGGCUUCCAGGCCAAGGACCUGGCCGAGGCCUGCGCCGAGUUCACGCUCUGGCACCACGAAGCCUUUGCCAAGCGCCAGCUGGGGGGAAUCCGGCUCAGCCUGGGCACAGGGAGCAGCUACGGGCUGCCCGUGGGCUGGAUGGACUCGACGCCGGAGGAGCGGGGGGUGUGGGGGCGGCUGCUCCAGCAGCCCGGGCGCUGGGUGGAAGCGCUGCUGCCCCUACGGACCAACCUGGUCCCCCGGGCAUAGCCCUCGGACCCCCACAAGGGACCACCCGGUGCCAGCAGGACUGUGGGACCCACUGGGGACAGAGCUGAGCCCGGAGCGUCACUGUGCAGGGCUGGGGACUGCACCCCCCCACCCUUUCAGCAGCAAUGAAAUGGAACUGGGGGGCA